UAUAUACGCAUGAGGACGCACUGAGAAAGAGGAAGGAAAGAGGGGGAGUGGGCUAAGCAGAAAAGGGUAUAGCCUUUCAUAUUUUUGUAUUGUUCUGUGACAUUUGGUACAGAUUAGGGGAGCAUACAGACAGAGAACAAGAACAAAUAGAUUCUUUACUAGUUUUUUCAGAAGAAACCCCUUUUGAUUUGUGACCAACAAACCAAUAGAGGUUUUCUAGAGAUACCCAAAAGCGAUGGAGGUUGAGAAUGAAAUGAGGCGCCAAUCCUCCAAGUUCAGAAGGGUUUGUGUGUUUUGUGGGAGUAGUCAGGGCAGGAAAAGUAGCUAUCAGGAAGCUGCCAUUGAGCUCGGCAAGGAAUUGGUUUCGAGGAGCAUAAAUCUGGUGUAUGGAGGAGGAAGCAUAGGGCUAAUGGGCUUGGUUUCACAAGCUGUUCAUGAUGGUGGAGGGCAUGUCAUUGGAGUCAUUCCCAAGACGCUCAUGCCUCGAGAGCUAACUGGUGAAACAGUAGGGGAAGUGAAGGCAGUGGCAGAUAUGCAUCAAAGGAAGGCGGAGAUGGCUAAGCAUUCAGAUGCUUUUAUUGCCUUGCCUGGUGGAUAUGGAACUCUAGAGGAGUUGCUUGAAGUAAUAACUUGGGCUCAGCUUGGAAUUCAUGAUAAACCUGUGGGUUUGCUGAAUGUUGAUGGAUACUACAAUUCUUUGCUGUCAUUUAUAGACAAAGCUGUGGAAGAGGGAUUCAUCAGUCCGAGCGCUCGUGAAAUAAUCUUAUCCGCUCCGACCGCAAAGGAGUUGAUGAUGAAAUUGGAGGAGUAUGCUCCUUGUCAUGAAAGAGUUGCUUCAAAGUUGAACUGGGAAAUAGAGCAGCUUGGUUAUCUGUAGAAAGAAAGGAUAUAGAAUGGGAUAUGGAGGAAGGAAGAAGGAAUCUGAAUUUUGAAGCUCUAAAUUUGUAUGUUGGGGGAUUUUUUUUUUGUAAAUUACUGCAAAUUGACCUCGGUAAAUGAAGUUUUAUAUAUUUGCUUCUCCAUCAAACACUAAGUUUCCUUUUGAAAUUGUAAGUAAAUGAGGUUGAUCAUGAAGGUUUCCCCUCUGAAAA